GUUACUCAAAAGGUUAAAAUAACUUCCUGAUUCGCUUUGGCUGUCACUAUAAAUAGAGAUGCUGAAUCCAGCUUGAUUUUAAUUACAACCAAAACACUGCCGACAAGAAACAAUUUUAUUUUACAACAGAUAUAAAAACAUCUUACGGAAGAAUUGAAGCAAAGGGAUCCAACGUUUGCAAAUACAUUAAAAAGAUAUAAAGACAGUGAAGGUCUAUAAUUAUGGCACCUCGUGAUGGUGACCAGAGAGGGAACGAUCCAACCGACAACGCUGUCUCAGACAUCGCACAUGACAUCAAUUCCGAUCCCUCUGAAGCUGGCUUUACAGGACCUUUGAGCAGUAUGAGCGAGACAUCUGACGUAGAUGAUAUCCCAACCAAUUCACAACCAUUUACGCCAACACAAACCAAAUCGAGGUUACCAAUGGGUUAUAAGAAAAUUGCUAUUGUCGGCAUAGGUUGUCGAAUGCCUGGUGAUGUAAACAGUACUUCUGACUUCUGGGAUGUCAUUUCAAAUGGUAAAGACACGAUAACAGAUAUCCCAGCAGACCGUUGGUCCACAGAAGCCUAUUAUAACGCAGAUCAAUCCAAACCAGGAACACACGUGACAAAACGAUGUGGUUUCAUAAAAGACAUUGAUAAGUUUGACCACACAUUUUUCAAGAUUUCCCCUCGUGAAGCAGCCAUGAUGGAUCCCCAACAGAGACAUAGCCUCGAGGUCACACAGGAAGCGUUUGAUGAUGCGGGAAUUAAACCAGAAGAUGUCGGUGAAACAUGUGGCGUAUUUGUUGGUAUAGGUAUGAUGGACUACCCAAUGGGGGUCGUGUUUGACAAGACGCUAAUGAAUUCCUACACACAUACAGGAGUGGCACAUAGCGUGGCUGCUAAUCGUCUUUCAUAUGCUUUUGAUCUCAAAGGACCGAGCUUUGCAGUGGACACUGCUUGUGCAGCAUCAAUGACCGCUCUUCACCUCGCUUGUACAUCUCUAUGGAACAAUGAAUGUGAGACUGCUGUGGUUGCUGGAAGUAACGUUCUUUUACUUCCCGAGAUAACUGUUGGCUUCAGUGCUCUUGGAGUUCUUUCACCAGAGGGAAAGAGCUGCCCAUUUGACGCCAACGCCAAGGGUUAUGUUAGGAGCGAGGGCUUUGGUGCGAUGAUUCUUAAACCUCUCGAGACAGCAAUUGCAGAUGGUGACCAUAUCUAUUGUACCAUAUUGGGAACUGCCAUCGCUGAUAAUGGUCAUAACCAGAGUAUCACAAUGCCAUCAACCAAGGGUCAACAAAAAGUCAUAAAAACAACAUACGAACGAUUCGGUGUUCCAAUGGGAGAUGUGUCCUAUGUAGAGGCCCAUGGGACAGGAACACCCGUCGGGGACCCCAUUGAGGCGGAAGCGAUUGGUGAAGCCUUCAAACCCCAUAGGAACCAUACAACAGAAGCACUCCCUAUUGGCUCAUCUAAAAGCAACUUUGGGCAUAUGGAAUGUUCAUCAGGGGCGGUUAGCACAAUCAAGGUUGCACUCAUGGCUCACGAAAGGAAAUUAUGCCCAUCCAUCAACUACACUAAACCAAAUCCAGCCAUAGAUUUGGAGAACUUAGGAAUCGAGAUUCAACAGACUGUUAAAGAGUUGCCGAGUAACAAGAAACACAUUUUUGGUGUUAAUAGUUUUGGAUUCGGAGGAGCUCUUGCUCAUGCUAUUAUAGAAGAAUACAUUCCAGAAGAUAUUCCUCGUUUCAAAGGUUCUGCCGGGUGGACUUUUGGUGAUUCAGACAAAGAGGGCAAACAACUGAUGAUCCCUAUAACCGCUAAAAGUGAACCAGCUUUAAAGGAUGCUGCAAAAGCCUGGAUGAAUUUCACGUCUGAUGUAGACGCACAGGGUAUCGUGUCAUGGCUUGCAAUUAAACGCAAACACUACGAGUCACGAUUGGUAGUUAUUGCUAACUCAGGGGUAGACUUCAGGGAGAAACUUCAAAGAUUUAUAGAUGACAGACCGAUACAAACAUACGCAGGGUCGCUUUCAACACAAUCAGAAGAACAGAGGAAAAUAUGUUUCGUUUAUCCAGGUCAGGGCCAACAGUGGGGCAAAAUGGGCUCAUCGCUGUAUAGGUCUUAUAAAGUAUACCACGAUGCUAUCAACAGGUCCGACACCAUCUUCAAGAAGCUCAGUGGGUGGUCGUUGUUAGAGAGAUAUGGUGUUUUUGCUGAUCAACCAAAACAGGGAAGACAUCUUCAUGAUAUUAUCAACGAAACUGAAGUUUCACCUCCCGCUAUCGUGUUCCACCAAAUAGCACUGACAAAGUUAUGGGCAUCAUGGGGUAUCACCCCUGCUGCUGUUGUCGGUCACAGCUUGGGAGAAGUCGCCGCUGCAUUUGCCUGCGGAGGUAUAACGUGGGACGAGGCAAUCGCAGUUGCUCUGUACAGAAGUCAGGAACAAGCAAAGAUGUUUGGAAACGGAGGAAUGGCAGCCAUAAGGAUGUCUGCUGACGAAGCAUUGGAACUAUGUAAAAAUUAUGAUGAUUUACAUUUGGCCUGUGUCAACUCACCUGUAUCUGUUACUGUUGCUGGGAAACUAGAGACAGUUGAAGCGCUGGCAAAGGCCAACCCUUCAAAUGUAAAACAACUGAGAGUUAAUUCUGCUUACCACACUGCAUACAUGGAUCCCAUCCAGGAAGGUUUCAUGAAAAAGCUCUCAAAAUGUAUCAAGAAUAAGGUGAGACCAAGAAUUCCGAUGUAUUCAACUGUGACUGGGGAUAUCAAAACAGGUCACUUUGAUACACAGUACUGGUGGGAAACAAUCAGAAAACCAGUCUUAUUUGAACCAGCGGUUCGAAAGAUUCUUGAGACAGGAGCUGAUUUAUUCAUAGAAUGUGGAGCAUCUGCAACCCUUCUACGAUCUGUCAACCACACUGCAAAAGAUCUUUCGCUUCCUUCCCCCUUAGGCUUCACAUCAGGUCAGAGGGAGAAAGAUGACAGCACAACACUCUUAUCUGCAGCCGCACAACUCUACAUAGCUGGGGUGUCUGUAGAUUGGUCGAAUAUCUCGGAGAAUUGCCCUGUCUGGGCACCCUUACCCAGGUAUCCUUGGCAACAUCAGAGCCAUUGGUCUGAAGCAGAAUUUGUUCGUCAAAGACGUUUAGGUUUAGUCGAAACAACGUUCAAGUCUACAGAUGGAAAGAUAUCGAUUAAAGAUUUUCCGUUUCUAGAGGACCAUAAAGUUCUUGGUAAGGUGACAUUCCCGGGAGCAGGCUACAUUGAGAGUAUCAUCCAACGUUGCACAGAAGAGACUCAACCUCCACCUACAAUGAAGGACAUUAGGUUUAAGAAUGUCCUACUUCUCAGUGAGGAGGAAAAGGAGAAAUCUGUUCAUCUAGAAUUGGUUAAAAAAGGGAAAAAGGUUAGCCUUAUUACCGGAUCUACAACACACAUGGAGGCACUGUUAGAUACUACAAAAAAGCCGAUACAAGAGAUUUCUUUUGUGGAAGAUCUCAACCCUGCUUCUACCAGUCUUUGUCUCACCAAAGAGAAAAUCUACAAGUAUUUCGAAGGUAUUGGACUCGAUUACGGUCACGAGUUUCAAGUUCUGCAAGAAGUAUCGAUAAAUGAUGGUACAUCAAAGGGACGAUUGGUAGGAAAACGAAAUCAGAAAGAAAGAAUAUGUUGUAACAUUCUGGACAGUUGCUUCCAGCUUGCAAUUCUGACAUGCCAGAGUACAUCAGCAUACAUUCCAGUUGAGAUCGAGUGGCUCACAAUGGCAGUUGAUCAUAUUCCGACUGAGGAGCCAUUGUCUGCAGUUGUGAAAAUAACUGACGUGAACCCAAGCGUAAUAAAAGCAGACAUACAGUUGUUUUCAGACGACGAUGAACUUCUGGUUGAUAUUAAAGGCUUCGUCGCUCAAAAUAUGGACACAAAUACGCAGAAUGUUGAUGUAGAUUCAUGUAUGUAUGAAACUAAGUGGCAACCAUCCGAGGCAUGUCUCCCACCGGUCUCAUCGUGUGCAGAGAUAUUUGAAGAACACACAUUAAAGACCAUGUACCCAGAUGAGAUGUCUGAAAUUGAAGCAGUUUCCCCCUUUGUUCCGAAACUUCAAGCUGCUUGUGCAGCAUACGCCAGGGUCGCCCUUGAGAAAGUACCCGAGUCCAAAUACCACAGCAGAAAUGGCAGAUUCGUAGAGAGGUUAAAGCACAUUGUCGCACGUGACACUGUAAAGCUACCAGAGGAAGAAAUAAAAACGCUCUUGCUAGAUGUUGAAAAUAAAGUUCCCCAAUUCAAUACGGAGAUAAACAUGAUUAGAAAAAUGGGCGAAGCUCUUCCUGAAGCUUUGGUGGAACCAAGUAAAUGUGUCCAAAUCCUCUUUGGAAAAGAUUGUCUGCCCCUCUACUUUAUUGAUUCCCUAUCAACCCGAAUUUACUACAAGGCUGGAGCGGAGAUCCUUCAUCGUGGGGUCUUAAGCAGUCUGAAAUCAAAACAAGUUGUUAGAGUCCUUGAAGUAGGCGGGCGGAUGGGUGGUAUGGCGCAAUACAUGCUGAAGCCCUUGAAAGAAUUGGUAGAACAAGGAAAGGUUGAAUACGUAUUCACAGAUCUUUACUCAACGUUCUUCCCACAUGCCCAACAGACACUAGAAGGGUAUGACAACAUCAAGUAUCGUGAACUGGAUAUAGAGAAAAAUGUUGCAAGUCAAGGAUUUGUACCUAGCACCUUUGACAUCAUUGUUUCUAUGGAUACACUCCAUUCUGCAGUAGAUCUGAACAAUGGUCUGAAAAACAUGCGUGACUUGUUGGCCCCAGAAGGAUGGCUGCUACUUUAUGAAGGUAGCAACAUUGAAAACAUCGCUGAAAUCAUAUUUGGUUCUCUUGAGCUGUGCUGGGUAUUUGACGAUUUCAGACAAGGACGCUGUUGGCUCGACCAAAAAGGGUGGGUGAAUCUGAUGUCUACGGGGGGAUUUGACAAUGUUACAGGAUUCUCAACUCCAUCAGAGUUCUUUCACUCCAUCAUUGUCGGAAAUAAAUCGAGCAAUGUUGAUCAUAAAAAUGAAACCACGACUGUCAUAUACGACCCGAAUCUCCGAUCCAAGCCAGUAACUUCUCUCCGUCGAACGAUCACAGAAUAUGCUCAGCUAGAAGAGGUUAUCCAAGACUCAAAGAUUCCAGUCAAUGUCAUAUUCACCUGGUCUUCUACUGAGUGCUUAUCUGAUUAUCUACGUUUUGUCAACAACAUCAGAGAAGCUGCGAGAAUAAACAGCCUAUGUGUAGUCAUUCAAGAUGAUGUUAACAAACCAUACAAUGACCUAGCGACUGGUUUUAACAGAGUGGCAACAAAUGAAAUAUCAGAAUUCCCUAUUUAUUCAUUUAAGACUGAUAUUACCAGAACAAGUAUGGACCAUGUUAUCCAACAGAUAGAAGCAGGAAAUAUUCUACCAAGAGAGGCUGUACUUAACGAAGAUAGUCUUAUGGUUCCCAGGAUGGUUAGAACUCACUUGCCCAGUGGAACCUCUACAAAAGAAAAUCCUAACUGGUGUCUAGAUUUUGAAGGAAGUCACUCCAUUGAUAACAUAACCUUUAGAGAGAUGAUUUCACAUAAUCUGGAACAUGGUCAAAUACGAGUAAAGGUAGUCGCGUCUGGCGUCAACUUCAAAGAUGUGAUGAUGGCUACAGGUAAUCUGAAAGAUCUUAACAUAGCAACACAGUUUGGUCUGGAAUGCGCUGGAAUCGUGACGGAGGUAUUCAAUGACGUAGCUGGAUUUAGAGUCGGUGAUAGAGUAAUCGCAUUUGCUGAUCAAUGUUUCGCAUCGGAAGUGAUCUGCAACAGCCUUCUCACAACAAGGGUACCUGAUAAUGUAUCUCUAGAAGAAGCAUCUGGUAUGGGAAUCAUAUUUAUGACAGUGUAUCAUGCUCUUAUCGAGAGGGCAAAUCUCCAACCAAAUGAAACAGUCCUUAUUCAUUCAGCGUGCGGUGGAGUUGGCCAAGCUGCCAUACAGAUUGCUAAAAUGAUUGGUGCAAACAUAAUUUGCUCGGCAGGCACAGAGGAAAAAAGAACCUUCCUCAAAGAACACCAUGGUAUCCAGUAUGUAACUGACUCCCGAUCGCUAGGAUUUGGCGAUGAUGUCAUGAAGUGGACGUCCGGGAUGGGUGUAGAUGUUAUACUUAACUCACUAAGUGGUGAUUUCAUAACACGUGGAAUGGAGGUACUUUCUCAUGGUGGGCGAUUCUGUGAAAUUGGGAAACGAGACAUACUUGAUAAUUCAGCUCUUGAUAUGCAGCCAUUUUUGGAUAAUGUUUCGCUGCUUUCCGUUCAGAUCGAUGUCUUAAUGAAGAAAAGACCAGAUAGGAUUAACCAGUUACUAUCUAAGGUCAUGUGUCUUCUUGGUGAUGGGACGCUUAAACCAAUAACGAUAACAAGACGUGACAUUUCACUUUACAAAGAAACCCUACGAUGGAUGAUGACGGGACAACAUGUUGGCAAAGUGGUAUUUACUAUUGGGGAUGAUUUCGUGCCUAAUGUCAUUAUGCCAUCAAAGCAGAUAUUUUCUGAUGACGGGUGUUUUCUCAUCACUGGGGGAAUGGGAGGCGCAGGGUUGGCACUCGCCCGUUGGAUGUCAGAAAGGGGGGCAAAGCACAUUGGACUUGUGUCUAGAAGUGGAUGCAAAACAUUCAGACAAAAAUGUGCGAUACAAAGCAUUCAAAGAAGUGGUUGUAUUGUUUAUCAACUCCAAGCAGAUGCCAGUGAUUUAGAAAAGAUCUCAAAUGCAACAACCAGUCUCUGCCAAAAAUCAGGAAGACCGUUAAAGGGUGUAUUUCAUCUAGCAGCUGUUAUCGAUGACGCUAGCAUCAACAAACUUACAGAGGAACAACUUACAAGAACUCUCAACGCCAAAGCAAAAGGAGCUGAUAAUCUCCACAAGAUUACAAUCGACAAGAACCUGGACUACUUCGUCAUGUUUUCCUCUAUUACCACCAUGUAUGGUAAUCUGGAACAGAGUGCAUACUGUGCGGCGAACGCCUUCCUCGACGCCCUAGCUACAACAAGGCACGAGCAAGGCCUACCAGCAUUGUCGAUACAAUUUGGAGCCAUUCGCGGUGCAGGCUUUCUAGAGAGAAAUCGGACGGCGCUCCAGAUCACAGACUCCAAAGGCUUGAAAACACUCCACAUUAAUGAGUGUCUAGAGUUUCUUGGCAAAGCAUUACAGACGCCACCAGUUAACCCAGUGGUUGCCUUUGCAAACAUGAAGUGGGACGACACUCUUAGAGUGUGUCACUCGCAGCACAUGGUAUUCAGACAUCUUAUUACGCAGUCUCUCUCUGGAAAAGUUAAGUGUGAGAGCAGUAGGGAGGAACUACAACAGAAGGUGGUCACCAAACUAGCCGAGACACUAUGUACUCCUACAGAGCAAAUAGACAUUAACAGGGCCAUGACAGACUAUGGUAUAGACUCUCUCAUGGCUGUAGAAAUGGUGCAAUGGAUUAACAAGGAGAUUGGUCUAAAUCUCUCACAACUGGACGUACUAGGUGGUAUCUCAACUGCCCUGUUAUUGGACAAAGCGAUGGAGGGGAAAGUUGGACUGUCUGGAUAGACAUCGUUCUAAAUCUUUUAAAACAAUUAGUUUAGUGCUACCAUAGGCAGGAACGCCCCGAAUGUUAUGCGGCGUGUAUACAUCACAAUCUAGGAAAUGUAAAACAUAAAUAUGAUUAAAAUGUUUACUGAUAAUUAAUACUUAAAAUUAUCAGUGUUGAUCUACACUGCAUCUGCAAUGUAAUGAAUACGGCACUUCGUAACGCAUAUUGUGUAAUCCAGAAAUGAACGUUUUUGAUUUAUAAAUCAUCAUACACAUUCAAAAGUAUUUACUAAAUUGUUUUAUAUAUUUAAUUUUAUAUAUUGAUUUUGUAUAGUAAUUUGUUACUAGAAUAGUAUGUAGUAGUUAGCUGUUGUGUAUCGGUGAGUAGAGAAGUGUAUUACUUUUUCAAUUUAUAAUAUUGUCAAGAAGAAAGCUGAUCAACAGAUGCGUUUUUGUUCAAUACAUUCCCCGGGAAUAAAGGCACCAUUGAUCUGAUGAGGAAGCAAUUCUUGCAAAAUACAUGUAGAUAAGAAAAUAUUUUUUCAUUUAGUUAUAUUAUGUAGACUACUGAGUGCAUGUGUAUCAUCAACAAUGUACAUAUUAUGAAUAAUAAUCACAUCUUGUUUGUAUUAUUUUAUAUCAAAUAAUGUAUAAUUUAUAUACAAUUGUAUUUAUUAUCAUUGGAUGGUGUUACUAUUUAAUUUUGCAUUGAGCAUCUGGUAGUUAGUGAUUUCCCAAAAUAUUAAAUUAUUUCCCAAACUUGCUUUUUGAGUACCACUGGGGGUAGUAUGACUUUGUGUAGACAUUGAAAAAUUUUGAUGAUCCAUCAGAUCUGUUUUUUGUGAAUUCUAUAAAUUAUUCUAUGAGUUUGUAAAUAUGAUUAUAUUUAUUGUUUAUAUACAGUAUAAAACGUAUUGAACUUAGCUUGGGCGUAAUCAGGAAAAUGGGAAUUAGCCUAAUACUCAAACUAAUAUAAAAUGAUAAUGAAUGUGACAUAUUUAUGAUUUACUAUAUUUAUAUGUUCUUUAUAUAUUCAAGAGACUUUAAUAUUAGAAUAAUAUAUAGUUUAUAUAUCUUUGUAAGAA